UCGUUCUCAUCUUGCAUUGGUGGAUCAUUGUUGCUCAACUCUGAUAACAGGACGUACUUUUCUUGUUUUGGCACAUAACUUGAUCCCCGAGAGGAACAGUGAUUGGAUCUUGUUCUUGUGCCACAGUCAAUAGGUACCUCGGUGUUAAUGAAUGUUGUGGGCCGCCUCCAGGGAAAAGAUAAAAUAACUCUCAUUGAAAUAAAGUAAGUUAUUAACUGUGUAUGUUAAUGUGAGAAAUCACGAACGCGCUUGGCGUGUAACUAUUUUUUCACUAUGGUUAUUUUAUGCGUGUGGACUGAUAGCCCAAUGGUUGCAGCCUCGUGAAUUUUGACUUCCCACGCAAUCCACCAUACGAACUACAGCCCGGCUGGUCAGGUACUGACUUUACAGUAUGUUUUCGGUGAUCUUUCUCACAAUUACGGUACGUUAUCGGUGCAGUGAUCUUUCUUAAAAAUACGUUAUAAAAUACGUUAUCAGUACAGUGAAUUCGACAUCUGUUUAGCAUAGAAGUACACUUACCAUGUAUCCAAAAAAGACGAAACUGCAACACCUUAAGUAACAUGUAUGACCAAAUAACAUUAUUAUAUAUAAAGUGGCAGAGGAAAAUAAAUCAGUGACACAGUAAAAGGAUGAAAAAUCGAGAAAACUAAACGUGAUCAUGAAAUCAUAAUAAAGAAAAAAAAGGCAAAUUACAAAAUAGGCUAUACCGACCAAAAAGGAGGGAAAUUGACAACGAAAAACAGCACAGUAAAACUGAUCGUAAAGUAAAAAUUAAGGAGGCAAGUUUUAUGUAGAGAUGAAGACUUGAGAGGUUGAAGCUAUAAGUGACGACUUCAACUUAACACUCAGGAUACAGAAGGAAGAGCGAUAUACAGAGCCACCACAAACCCUUCUUCCAGCUUAUAUAUACCAUCAUCACCACUACACAACUCACCUAGCCACAGCCCUCACCACCCACAAUGUUAUUAUCUACUUGGUCACUGUCACCACUUCUGUUUAUAUAAUUAUCACUGCCAUCUUCUAUCUCAACGUACUUCUGCAACCGCCAUAUCCAUUGCCACAAGCACUUACCGCCUGCCUCACCACUGUGGAGCUUGACAGUGGUGCACCCACUUACAAUGCUCCUCACACCGCCACCACCAGUGGUUCCUAAACCUCAAGCCAGGCAAGAAUUGCCCAGUCAUCUUCGCCUAUUAUCCCAGCUACUGUUAUGUCUACCCCAAUGGCGGUCACUACCACCAUUUCUACAGCUAUGCCUACCACAGUAACCACAGAGGCUAGCACCACCACUACCUCCUUAACUACCACCAGGGCAAUGCUUACUUCCACCUUACUAUCAUCCUCCAACACUAUAAACACAACUCCCAUCACCAGUCUUAAUAACUGUAGUACCAACACUGUCACCACUUCUGCAUGCACAGGUUCUAACACCCCUCGCAUUCCAAACACCAACACUACACGUACCACUACCCCUACUACAACCACAGCCACCAGCACUACACGUACCACAACCCCUACUACAACCACCGCCACCAGCAGCAGCACCACACACCUCUCUCCUUGGUCAGGACCCCCUACCUUCACAUCUUCAUCUGGCCAUAAGAAGAACACCUCUGACUCCCGACUCGUUGUACUUGGAGCUCCAGCAGUUGGUAAAUCUGCUCUAGUGGUGCGGCUGCUAACUGGGAGAUUUAUCUGGGAGUAUGACCCAACACUUGAAGCUGCGUACCGUCAUCAUACUACAGUUGAUGAUGAUCCGGCUGUCAUGCACAUCUACGACACUGCUGGUCAGGAGGAGGGGGAAAUAAGCGAGGCCCACGCUCGCUGGGGUGACGGCUUCCUUCUGGCAUUUAGCCUGAUCGACCGACGAAGUUUUAGUGCCAUCUCUACCAUUCACGCUGCUGUUGCUGCUGCCAGACACACUCCAAACUUUUCUUGUGUUAUUGUUGCCAACAAAACUGAUCUUGGUCAUCUGGCAGAGGUGAGUGAAGACGAAGCCACAGAACUAGCUGGAGAACUGGGGGCAUCGCUGUUCAUGACAUCAGCAUGUGAUGGAGGCCCAUCCAUUCAAGCAGCCUUCUUCGAGCUGCAUAGAGACGUAGUAAGACGCCGCUGGUCUCGACGGCGGAGGUCCUCCGCUAAGACGGUCAUCGAGGGCUUCUACAAGAUGUUUUCCCGCUGAGGUCUCGGGUUUACACAGCCUUUAUGCACUUGCAUGCCAUCACAACAGUUUUUUGAUAAAAUAUGUUAACAAUAAGGACAAUAGUUGGCAAAAAAACAUUCUAAAUUUCUGCAGUAUGUACAAACAAAUUGUUUCUGUCUCUUAUCGCACUUGGAAAAUAAGCCACAUGUAAUCUCACUUAAAGAUGUAUUGUAUGGAUAUAAUAAAGACAGUAGGCAGAAGAAGCUUUACUGGGACUAUGCUUCAUUCAAUAUUGAGGAUAAUAAAAACUUAGG